AUGAUCCGAACAAUCCGGAGGCUGAACCAGAUCACCUCGUCCGUUUUAUCUAGUUCAAGAACGAGAGCGUCGAGUCGUUCCGCGCUACAGUCAUCAUCCCGCAACUAUAGCGGAGACACCCAGACUGUCCCGCAGACAACCUCCACCAGAACCUGGCCGUCAUCCACGACCCUUCCUCUUGAAAAUCCUACAAGUCACACAUCCGCUGUACAGGGUAGUUAUAUCCCCAUUUCGGCUCUGACUAAUCAAAACACAACUUCCCUUACCACGAGUCCUAUGCAUGCUUCUCAUUCAAUGACCCCAUCAACACAGCUUCAGCAUACCUCCGAAGGAUGGGCCGUCGCGCCAACGAACCUUGUGACCGCGGACUUUGACUUCGAGCAGAGUCUUACUAGUGACCUCAUACCUGGAGGUCAUAUAUAUGGAUGGAUGGCCGGAACACAGCCAAGUGAGAUGCAGCACGAUGGAACAGCAUAUAUGGAGAUGGGAUGGUUGGAGUCUUUGUUUGGGACCGACCUAGGGUCUAAUGUUAUGCUUCCGCCUGAGGAUUAG